AUGUCUUUUCCCUGUCUGGACGCUCUCGAGUCCCGAACAGCAACCCUCUCCAACAAACUCGCAUUCACCCCGCCCGAGCUCACCUCCCCGGAUCCCACCUCCUCCACAUCCUCCACCGGCACCGAAGGCGCAAACGAGCCCUCCUACGGCCGAAUUCAAGGCGGGUACAAAACCUACGAACACAAAGAGCCAUACCUCCUCGAUCACGGCGGGAUCCUACCGGGGUUCAAGAUCGCGUAUGAGACGUGGGGUGAACUCAACGCCGACCGAUCCAAUGCAAUCUUGUUACAUACCGGUCUCUCCGCCUCCUCCCACGCAAAAUCACACCCAGAAAACCCGAAAGCCGGAUGGUGGGAGCGAUUCAUCGGGCCCGGGAAAGCGCUGGACACGAAUAAAUUCUUCGUGAUCUGUACUAACGUCCUCGGAGGUUGUUACGGCUCCACCGGUCCUUCCUCACACGAUCCAAGCACGGACAAGCCGUACGGAACUACCUUCCCGAUCUUAACGGUAUGGGAUAUGGUCCGCGCGCAAUACCACCUCCUCGACCACCUCGGUAUCGACACCCUCUGGGCAUCCGUCGGAUCCUCCAUGGGCGGAAUGCAAGUCCUCGCAGCCGGAAUCCUCGGUCGACGACCCGACGGCACCAACCGCGUCUCCCGCAUCGUCUCAAUCUCCGGCUGUGCCCGCUCCCACCCCUACUCCAUCGCCCUCCGCUUCACCCAACGCCAAGUCCUCAUGUCCGAUCCAAACUGGUCCCGCGGUUUCUACUACGACAAAAUCCCCCCACACAUCGGUAUGAAACUCGCCCGAGAAAUCGCCACAAUCACAUACCGCUCCGGUCCAGAAUGGGAACUCCGCUUUGGGCGCCAAAGAGCGGACGAGAGCAAGAGUCCGGCGUUGUGCCCAGAUUUCAGGGUGGAGACCUAUUUGGAUCACCAGGGUGAGAAGUUUUGUUUGGAGUAUGAUGCGAAUUCGUUGUUGUAUGUUAGUAAGGCGAUGGAUUUGUUUGAUGUUGCGCAGAAGCAGCAGGAGGAGCUCCGUGCGCUUCGGGCGAAAAACGCGGAUCGUUUGGCGUUUUUUGAGGAGCAUGGGAGAUUACCGGAUACCGACGAGGUUGUUGAGGCGUGUACGUUGACACCACCAGCAAAACCCUACCAAGACCAACCAAUCCCAACUCCACAACAGUCCGCAACCACACAAUCAACAUCAUCUCUCCCCCUCCUCUCCCCCGACCUCGUCGCAGGCCUCGCCCCCCUCCGCCAAAUCCCAACCCUCGUCCUCGGCGUUCAAUCCGACAUCCUCUUCCCCGCCUGGCAACAACGCGAAAUCGCCGAUGCACUCAAAUCAGCGGGGAACAGAAGCGUAACACACGUGGAGUUGAGUGAGCGGGAGAGUAUGUAUGGGCAUGAUUCGUUUUUGUUGUUGGUUGAGGAGGUGGGGGGUGGGGUUAAGAGGUUUUUGGAGAGUAGUGGGGGAGGGGUUGUUGAGGAGGGGGUUGAUGUUGAUGCUAAUGUUGGGUGCUGA